GAAAGGAUGUUGAAAGGAAGUGGCGACUGCAGAUAUUUUUUAGAAGUUGUGCUGGCGGAGGGUUCGCGUGGCGGGGGCGGCUAACGACGAUGACAUUAUUUUAUUUAUGCUGUGAUAGUGAAAUACCAACCAAAACACCAAUAACUACAACACCAAAAUCAAGAACAGCUACGAAAGAAAGCCCCCAAAAUCAAACGCAAUAUUAUCGCCGAGAGACCAAAGAACCAACUGAAAUUUAAUACGUUUAACGCGAUAAUGAAAUUAAACCAACCAAAAAAGCUUUAACCAGUAAAAAACAAAAAAAGAAAAAAAAAGUAAAGUAAAAACACCAAGCAAAUCGUUGCAACCCGUAUGAAUUAAUAUUAACUUAAUGCAUAGUGAAAACAGCACCAAUUAGCGCAUAACCUAUAAAAUAUUAGUCAAUAUGUUUAGCUAGUUCCAAUUUACAUAGAUAACAUUUAAUUAGUGGCUUCAAACAAAACACCAAAUCAAGUAGAACUAAAAGCAAAUAAGUAAAAAAAAAAAACCAAUACCUAGUUCAAUUGUACGGAACUCGAAACUAACGAAUAGCGAUUAGGGAAACUGGGUAACUGAUAAGGCUAGAGAAAACAUAAAGCUUAUUGCGAAUAUCGAAUAGAAAAUAAUAAUAGCAACAUUCCCCCAACCCGCGUCGCAAAAGCCUUCGAAAAGCGAAUUCAUUCAGAAAACGUGCCACACAACCGGACGACAGCGGCAGCAGCGUCAGCAGCGCAGCCGCCAAAAGCAGCGACGGGCAACGGUAAAUGUCAAAGUCAUAAAGAGAAAAUAACAGGAAAGAGAGAGUACUGGAGAGAAAGCCCCGAAAAGCUCAAAACAAAACUGACAAAUGUCAAAAACCUAAGGAGUGGACGUCUCAGGAUAAAAGUUUUUCAAAUACUUUGCUUCAAUCAAAUGCAAAAAAAAAGUCCUUGAACAAAUCCUUGAACAAUUUUGAAAAGUUUUGAAAAUAGGACUUAGCCUGUUCAGCUCACUAACACCAAGAAAAGUAUUUAAAUGUAAAAGUCAUAGAGGAUAGUCUGCAACCUAAGAAGCUCAGGAUAAAAGCUCAUAUAGAGCUUUUAGCCAGGACACAAGCCACAGGAUACAAUGGCUACCACAACAGUGGGAUCCUCGCAUCCUGAUGACGCCAGCAGCAUGAGUGACGACGUCUUCGAGGAUGCGGAAACCACGCAGGCCAGGAUCGAGGAGCUUCGCCGCCGGCCCUUUGGUGAUGGCUGCUAUAAUCCCCCCGCAGCACCCGCCUCCGUCUCGUCGGGAGCAACCACGAGGCAGCACCAUGACUACCACCAUCCGCACCACCACCACAGCCAGCAGAGCUUGACGGGCAGCCAUCACUACCACGAUGACUCCAUAAUGGCGCCCGUUCAGAGAUCCGCCACGGGAUAUCCCGGCUAUCGGCCCAAUCGGGAGGCGAUGCAGAUGUACGCUUAUGGAAAUGAAGACUACGAGGACGACUACGACGACGGAUGGCGAUCGUAUCGGUACGACGAGGUGGACAUGCACCAAGCCCCCGCCCAUCAGCAGCCCUUCGAUGACACGGUCAACCACAAGACUAUCCUGCUGGGCGACUCUGGAGUGGGCAAGACAUCCUUCCUGGUGAAAUACAACACGGGCGAGUUUCGGCUGGGCUCCUUUUCCGCUACAGUGGGCAUCGCUUUAACGGUCAUAAUGCUGGGCGAUUCGGGAGUGGGAAAGACGUCGCUUUUAAUACGAUUCCGCGACGGUCGCUACGUGCCGAGCUAUUUCCUCAGCACUGUCGGCAUUGAUUUUAGGAACAAAGUGGUUGUUGUCGAUGGCACGCGCGUCAAGCUACAGAUCUGGGAUACGGCCGGACAGGAGAGAUUCCGGAGUGUCACCCACGCCUACUACCGCGAUGCACACGCCCUGCUGCUGCUCUACGAUGUGACCAACAAAACCACCUAUGACAACAUACGGGCAUGGCUGGGCGAGAUCCGGGAAUAUGCGCAGGAGGACGUGGUCAUCGUUUUAAUAGGUAACAAGGCCGACUGCAGCGGCAGCGAGCGUCAGGUGAAGCGGGAGGACGGGGAGCGACUGGGCAGGGAGCACAACGUGCCCUUCAUGGAGACCUCGGCCAAGACGGGACUCAAUGUGGAGCUGGCCUUCACGGCGGUGGCCAGGCAACUGAAGAGUCGCGGCUACGAGCACGGCGAUGAUGGAAAAUUCAAUGUGCAUGAUUUUGUGCGUGACAAUACAAAGGCGCGCUCCGUUUGCGCCCAGUGCAGGAACAUGUAAUUUGCCACGUAGCAGCAGAAACCAACAAAAGUCAUAUCCUCCCGAUCCUGAGCACAAUAGACAACAAUAAACCGGACGGACAGAUCAAAGGACUGGGUGGCAAGGACUAAGGACUGGGGUGGUGAGAUAGCAGAGUCCAACUUCUGCAUUUAAUGAAACAACAAAAAAACCAAAUAGCAAGUCGCACAUGAGAAAAGUUGGCACCAAUUUUUUAAGACCCUAGUAAGAGAGAAAGAGGAUUUUGGUAUGGUUAGCGUUUUGUAUGUAAAUGGGAAUUUCGGGGCGGAACAAGAUGCGAUAUGUAUAAUUUUUUAGAGCGUCUGCCGUUGGCAUUGAGCAUAAAUAUUGAACAAUAUAUAUAUAUAUACAAGUAUCUAUAUACAACUGCAUAAAUUUACUUUAACAAGAGAGGAGCAAAGAAGGCGCGCAGCAAAAUCAUGAAACAUUGAGAUUUAUCCAGCACGCCGUUGGAUUUUGCCAAGGAAUCAAGGACCUUACCUCAGUGUACGAGGAAAUCUCAAAAAUCUCAAAAAGCACCCGCAAUUGUGCUGCGAACCAAAUCCAAUUAAUGACAAACAAUCACUCAAUUUACCUACUAUUUAAAUAUUUUGUUUUACCAUUUACCAUUAAUUGCUAAGUGUUAUGGCCUAUCGUUAAGUUUUAGACCCACACGACCCCAAAAACAAUUGUUCGAGACCCUUCGAAAUUAUUUAUACACCCACACUUAUGAAUACCCAACGCAACUAAGUUAAUUACUAUUUAUUAAUAUUUAUCUAUGUAAGUCCCUGCCCAACCCAAUCGAGACUUUUUGAAAAGCGCGCCAAGGCAAAAGGGUUGCGAAUAAUCAAAGCAGUUAAACUAUUACUAUACUGUGCUACUAGGCAAAAGAAAAGAAUCCAACGCGUACAUAUAUCACAUGAUGGAUGUAAACUAGCAAAUAAACAGCGUUAUAUUCAAGCAGACAUCAAGUCUAUACCAUAAACAGCAAAUACAUAUUUACAUUGAAUGUGGUUAAAAAA